AUGACGGGGGGGUCCUGGAAGGUGCCACCAAGCAGCAUCCUGGCCAGUGCUCCCUCGGAUAAAAACCUGGAUGCCUGGCGGGAGUCGGGCUGCCGGACCACCCACUGCAACCUGGAGGUGCUGCAGGAGAGCACCUUGGUCUUCCUGGCCACCAAACCCCACGUCCUGCCGGGCGUCCUGCAGGAGAUCCGUCCUGCCGUGGGGCCCCACCACGUCGUCGUCUCCCUGGCAGCUGGGGUCACCCUCCAGACCCUGCAGCGGCUUCUCCCUGCCGGGACCAAGGUGCUGCGGCUCAUGCCCAACCUGCCCUGCGUGGUGCAGGCAGGGGCGAUGGUCUUUGCCCGGGGCAGUGGUGCUGGUGACAGGGAAGCCACCCUGCUGAAGAACCUCUUGUCCUCCUGUGGGCUCUGUGAGGAGGUCCCUGAGUCCUACAUCAACAUCCACACCGGCCUCAGCGGCAGCGGGGUGGCCUAUGUCUACCUGUUUGCAGAAGCUUUGGCCGAGGGGGCGGUGAAGAUGGGGAUGCCGGGUGGCUUGGCCAGCAGGAUCGCGGCUCAGACGCUGCUGGGUGCAGCAAAGAUGAUGCUGGAGACAGGGGAGCACCCGGCGAAGCUGCGGGGAGAUGUCUGCACCCCCGGGGGCACCACCAUCCAUGCCCUGCACCAGCUGGAGAAGGGAGCACUGAGGGCCACCGUCAUGAACGCCGUGGAGGUGGCCACCCAGCGGGCAUGUGAUGUGGCCAAGGACUAG